AUGUCCAUAUAUGGCCAUCCCAUCAAAACAUUAUCCACAAAUGUUUUGUCAAAGUCAAAAUCUGCCAAUUUUGGUCCCGCAAAUUUAGGCCAAUUUCUCGCUGCUGCUGCCAUGCUGGAAGCUUGCGCUGCUGCAGAUCUCCCCUGUCUAUUUUUUUUAAUCCGCCGGACAUACCUGGAAAAGAUCCAGAAGACAAAUAAAAUAAUCCCCACACAUGGAAGUAUUUGGAAUCUCCUAGGGAAAUGGACAGAUUCCACUGGUCUACGACCCUUAGAUCUGAUCUCGCCUACUACCCAGUAUCUCCCUACCCAAUACUAUCCUGCCCCCAACGUUGCCAAUGGCCCUCACAUAGUGCCACCGCCUCCUCGCCCUGACCUCUCCCAGCGUAAGCGGCCAAAGUACACCCGAAGCAAAACCGGAUGCUUGACAUGUCGCGUCAAAAAAAUCAAGUGCGACGAGACUAAGCCAAACUGCAUGCGCUGCACUCACGGGUCUCGGGAGUGCUCAUGGCCUGAGGGUGUUCCCGUACGCAAGAAGAGCGUUGCAAGGAGAGACGAAGAUGGUCGGCCCUCCACCGCCGGCUCCUCCAGUGUGUCAGAGGCAUCGACACCUCCCGAGAGAGAACUCUCUCCUCCCAGACGGAACGAAGUCGAUUUGAGUCUUAUGCCUAUUCCUUCGAGGGCUCCGAGCGACAACUAUCUACACAUCCCUUCGAUGAAUUCUGACCAUGAAUCUAGUCGUCGUUCACUUGACCGAGGAUCCGGAUAUUCUCAAUCUCACACUUCUGCCAACACCAAUCUUCUUUCUAUGAUUCCCGAAACCUCCUACCCUUCACGCUACGACCAUGGAUAUCUGAGCGGGAACAACUCUGCACACUCUGCCCGACAAGCUAUGCCACCGUAUCGCUCAAUGGGUCACCAAUCCGGUAACCAUUGGAACCACCACCAGGAAGCCAUGGACUCCUAUUACGGCCACCAUGGCGGACUUCAAGAACGAGUAAUGGUCGGGCACGGUUCUCCGAACGACCACUCCCACACUAGAUAUCAAUAG